GGAGAUACCCACAACAACCUCCACGUUACCGUGUCACACUGGCAACUGUGGACCCUUCACCGCCGUGCGCCAUGGCUGCGAGAGAUGCGACGUCUGUAGCCUUCUGUUGGCGCCGCAUCUCUUCUCACGACUGCACCUGGACAAAACCGCCGCGUCCGCACCGGUCCGAGAUUCUUGCCUCCAUUAGCUUGCUCAUGCGUCGGCAACCUGAGUCAACUUGAUCCUCGAAGCAUACUUCGGGGUCACAUACAACGCCAUGGCGGGGUUCUUCACGAAGAAAGCGCCAGAGGUGCCAGACCACCAAAGCGAGAAGGAACGGCCCGCGAGGAAGUCUCGUCUUGGUAUCCUGACCGCCGACACCGAUGAAGUCCCUGGCUCCGUGAUCCUGCUCUCUAGCGUCCACAAGAGGAACGAACCGCUCGGUCUACAGCACGCUCAUGCCCGCACUUCGUCUUCCUCUCUUCCAUCCCCGUAUGGGCCCGCACCUCGCAGCGCUUCGGCGGGCUCGCGCGGCUCGGCCAGGUCGCGCAAGCUUCGGCAGCAGGAGAAGAAGCGUACAAAAGAUGGCAAAUUUAUCCUGGAGCCGCAGCCAGAGGACUCGGCAAACGAUCCUCUCAACUGGAACCAGCUGCGUCGCGAUGCCGCCCUCAUCUCGCUAGGUCUAUACUGUAUGGUUGGUGGCGGCAUGACCCCCGUUCUGGCGGCGGGCUUCAAGAAUGUUGCCGAAACUUACGACGUCACGGUGCCUCAGGUCGCUCUAACAACUGGACUCUACAUGCUGGGCCUGGGCCUGGGCAGCGUCGUGGCCUCUCCUACCGCCAUAUUGUGGGGCAAAAGACCUGUGUACCUGGUUGCGAUCGUCCUCUUCUGUCUGGCUUCCGUCUGGUGCGCGUAUUCGCCUAGUUAUGCUUCACUCGUUGUGGCCCGCAUCGUUCAAGGAAUGGCAAUCUCGCCAGUCGAGUGCCUGCCCUCCGCGACCAUUGCCGAGAUUUUCUUUCUCCAUGAGCGUGCCUAUCGAUUAGGAAUAUACACACUCCUACUCUUAGGCGGCAAGAACCUUAUUCCUUUGGUAAGCGCUGCAAUUGUCCAAUCGAUGGGCUGGAGAUGGGUUUUCAAGAUUGUGGCUAUCGUUGUUGCCUUUUGCUUCUUCUUGAUCUUCUUCUGCGUCCCCGAGACGUUCUGGGAUCGCACUCCGCAUGCGCGAGGUCGCAGCUCGAAAAGAGCGCGCAGUCGUAGCCCUGGAGCACGCCACCACUUCCAUCUGCCGUCACGGCAAAGCCAUCGAAAGCCAGAUGGUCAUGCCUCAGUGCCGCUCACUCCGUCCUCGCCGGUGUCACCCGCGGCCAGCCCCACGCGACCACCUAGAGUGCAUAGAGUGGGCUUCGCUUUCGACCCAGCAUCACAGACAGAAAGCAGCAUUGCGGCGACUAAUCCCGAUCACGACUACUUUGGGUCCGCCUCCCACACUGCCUCACCAAAAGAUGUCCCUAUUCCCGAUGCCGCAUCAUAUGCCAUCCACAGUGAUUUAGAAAAGCAACAACAUCAUCAUGAUGCUACUACGGAUCAUGCAUUGGCCACGGCCGGAACUGAAUCCCAUACCGACACUGACCACGCAUCCGUGGUCUCGUCCAUACACUAUACCGACUUCUACCGGGAGGCGCCCCGAAAAUCAUACGUGCAGUCACUCAAGCCCUGGAACGGUCGUCUGGUCAGAGAUACUUGGUUCAAGGUCAUGAUUCGCCCUUUCAUCCUCUUUGCUUACCCCGCCGUUCUAUGGUCGUCAAUGGUGUACGCUUUGGCCGUAGGAUGGUUGAUUGUUCUCAGCGAAUCGGUGGCCGAGAUCUACCAGAAUCACGAGUCUUACAAUUUUACGCCGCUCCAAGUUGGCCUGGUCUACGUCUCUCCGUUCGUCGGAGGAGUGCUUGGUACAGCAGUGGCAGGCAAGAUCAGUGAUAUCGUCGUGCGCUUCAUGGCACGGCGCAAUGACGGAGUCUACGAACCAGAGUUUCGUCUGGUCAUGGCGAUCCCGAUUGCUAUUAGCACCGUCAUUGGUCUCAUGGGCUUUGGGUGGAGCGCUGAAGAAAGGGACAAUUGGAUCGUGCCCACGGUUUUCUUCGGCGUAAUUAGCUUCGGCUGCUCUCUUGGAUCUACCACCUCGGUGACCUUCGUGGUCGACUCAUACCGACAAUACGCCGGGGAGGCACUCGUGACCCUCAAUUUCACCAAAAAUGUUCUUCACGGAUUCAUUUUCUCAUUGUUUUUCACGCACUGGCUUGCGGCUAGCGGCCCUAAAGACACUUUCAUCGCUGUCGGCGGUAUUCAGCUCGGUUGCAUGCUUCUUUCUAUUCCCAUGUACAUUUACGGCAAGCGUGCGCGGAUGUGGACAGUCAGGAAGAACUUUAUGGAGAAGUUCUAGAGCGGCAGACAGCCUCGCUUUUCAUCUGUUUAUUAUUUUCCCGUUCUUUUGGCAGCGGCUCGACGGCUAUAGAAUACGGCUAGCAAGGGUGGAGUACAACGCGCUUCCACUUGGCACGAAUACAAACUAUACGCGUUGAUAAG